AUGAUGAGACUAGAAACUGAAAGAAUGCUUGCUACUCACUUGCAUAGUUUAGCUUAGCAUGAGAGACUGAUUGAGAAUGAAAGAAUUAAAUUGAAUGAGCAUUUCAGAUUUCAGCCUAAUGCAGCAUUCAAGAGAAUUGAUAGAUUCUGCAAUAAGAAGAUCAACACAUAUGAUUUGGCAACUUUUCUGAGAGAUAAUUCCUACAACUAUUACUCAGUUGAUCUGAUAGAUGUUAUUAAGUCCUUUGAUUAAAGCAAUAAUGGAUUUUUGGAAGAUACUCAAUUGAAGAGUAUUUUAGCAUCAAGAACCGAUAAAAUACUUGCAAGAAGAUCAAAUGAGAGAUAUGAAGAAUAUGUUGGGUCCAGAGAUAGACUUGCUCUGGAAGUAGAGUUGUCUAUUGCUAAAAUCUUGGAUCUAGAGAUAUAGGGACUCAAGAAACUAAAUCUUGAAAAAGAAUAAAUCAAAAGUAGAUAUGAUUUCUCAAAACUAGAUGCAUAUAGAGCAAUCGAUACUUACAAACUAAAUAGCAUACUUAGAGAAGAUAUCAAACAUUUUCUUAAUAGAAAUGGCAUACAGGCAUCUUCUCUAGAAGCUGAUAAUAUCUUCAGUAGGAUUGACAUGGAUUAAGAUGGAAGAAUUACUUAUACUGAGUUCUGCAACUACCUUGAAAAAAUUCCAGCAAGCGUACCAAACUAAUUGUCUCAAAGCAUGAACUCUGAGUAAUUUACUUUUAACAAAGGAAAUCAAAAUCUCAGAUCAUCCUCAACACAUCCUCAUCAAGAUUUAAACCAGAGUCAACAGCAAAAUGAGGUUAAAAAAUAAAAUGAUGGAAUGAAACUCAAACUCUAAGAAAAUUACCAAACUCCACAAAGAGCUAAUACUAAGUCUAAUAUUCAAUUCGAAUAGAAUCCCAGAUUUGCAAAAACAGAAAAGAGAUAGUAAAAGUUGAAUCAGUAGAUAAAUGCAAGCAAUGAUAAAAGCCUUGAAUAAGAGAGGAAUCCUUAGGAAGAUGAGAUUAGGAGAAAUUUCAUUAUCUAUGGAGUGAGAUAAUAGCAUUCUACUCCGUUGAAAAGAUCUUCCAGUGCCUAAAGUAAUAUUUAAUUGAGAAUACCAGUGUAAAAUCAAUAGUAAUAAAACAAGCAAUCUGAUAAAUAGCAAGUUUUAGACAAAACAGAUGAUAAGAUCGCAAGUUUGGAAACAACUCCAUCACCUACUAAACCAAUGUCAAGAACUAAUAAUGAACAGAUUAAAAUGUACUCAAAAUCACCAGCACAAACUAAUAAUUAAAGAUAUAUGAACCUUGAUGAUAUUGAAGAGGAAAAGGAAAAUCUUGAUUCAUUUAAUGAUGAAAACAAUAUUAGAAAUAGUAAUGCUAAUUAACUAGAUCAAAUUAAGGCAAAUAAGGGUGAUGAUGAGGAUGCAAAUCUCGAGGAUAAUGAUGAAAUUGUAGGAAGAAGAGCUCAAUCAUCUAAUUAGAAUCAUUAUCUUGAAGAAAAUGAGGUUGAGAAUCUCGCUGAGGCUUUAUAAAAUAUGAUUUAACUUGAAACUGAGAUUGAGAAGUAAAAGCAGGCUAUUUCACUUAAAGCUGACUUCAAUCUCCUUGAUGCCUUUAGACUCUUUGAUAAGACUAUAGCUGGAGAAAUUUUCAAGCAAGAUCUUGAAGAAGGAUUCAAAAAACUUGGUAUCUAUGUUAUGAAUAAGAAAGAUCUUGACCUUUUCUUUAAGAGAUAUGAUAAGAACGGUGAUUAUAAACUGAGGUAUCUAGAAUUUACUGAUGCAUUCACUCCAAAGGAUAAAAUCUAUGCCGACCAUCUUGCAAAUAAAAGACCAAAUUAUGAGGCCAGACACCCAGAUGAAGCCAUCAGUCUAAGGACAAAACUUGAAUUUGGAGAUGUAAUUAGAAGCAUGCUGAGAUUUGAGAGCAAUCUUGAAGAGAUAAGAAUAAACUUAACCUAGAGUCCUCAAUUCAGUAUCAGUGCAGCAUUUUAAACUCUUGAUGAUGGAAAUAAAGGUUUUAUUGUUCAAAGAGAUGUAAAGAACUUCUUGGAAGAUCAUGAAUUCUUUGCAACUUAAAAGGAGAUUGACCUUCUCUUUAAUAAGAUUGACAAGGACAAUGAUGGGAAAAUCUCAUAUGGAGAGUUUUUUACAGAGAUAGCCUAAAAGCUGCCCUAUUGA